AUGAAUUGGCUCUCUGUUAACAUCAGAGGUAUGGGGGGUGCUCUAAAAGCGGGGUGGAUAAAAUCUAUAGUUCGGGAGUACGGCAUAAAUUUCUUAGCCAUUCAGGAAUCGAAGCACGUGAAUGUGUCUAGGGCGGAUUUAGCGAAAUUUUGGGGAAACUCGAAAUUUGGGUUUGAUUCGGUGGAUGCCACGGGCCUUUCAGGGGGGCUGGUGUGUUUGUGGGAUGAAUCUCUGUUUCAAAUGGAGGAGUCGGUUAAACACAGGAAUUAUCUUCUUAUUAAGGGCAGGGUGGUUGGUUGUGGUGCUCUUGUGUGUUUCCUCAACGUCUAUGCUCCGCAAGGGGUAGCGGCGAAGAAAGCGGUGUGGGAGGAGUUAUCCGGGAUCAUUACCGGUUCGGACGGUCUUUGGAUAGUUGGAGGAGAUUUCAACUCGGUCAGAUUUAAGGAAGAAAAAAGAAAUUGUUCGUUUAAGAGUACGUGUGCUGGGAAUUUCAACUCUUUCAUUUUCGAUACGGGGCUCAUUGAUCUUGAUAUGCGAGGUUCCCAAUUUACGUGGCGGUCUGACAAUGGUAAGAAGCUCAGUAAGUUGGACAGAUUUUUAGUCAAUUCUGAUGUUCUGAAUUUAUGGCCCGAUGCCCGUGUUCAAGCUCUCCCGAAGUUGUGGUCGGAUCACAGUCCUAUUGUUUUGAUUUCGAAGUCUGUCAAUUUCGGGGCGCGUCCGUUCCGCAUCUUCAAUUCUUGGCUAGGCAAAGAUGGUUUUGUGGAAGUGGUUGAGAAAGCGUGUCAUGAUUUCUCGUCUCAGGGCUGUCCUCCGGAUGUUUUUUUGAUUAAAAAAUUGGGGUUUAUUCGUAGUAGGGUUAAGGAUUGGAGAGAUAAGAUGAUCCUCAAAGAUGGUGAAAUUCGUAACCUGGCCGAAGAUGAGCUCACUACGUUGGAGACCAUUUUAGAUUCCAGAGAUUUAACGGAGGAGGAGGAGUGGGUCUUGGCGGAGAACAAAAGUAUCAUUGCUGAGUUAGAUCUUGCUAAAUCUAUGGAUCUCAAACAGAGAUCCCGUAUUAGGUGGGCAAAGGACGGGGACGAGAAUUCUAAAUUUUUUCACUCGAUUGUUAAUUGCAGGAAAGCUAGUAACUCGAUUCAUGGCUUGUCGGUUGGAGGCGAAUGGGUGUCAAAGCCGUCGUUAGUCAAAAAGGAGGUGUUCAAGUUUUUUAGACAGAAAUUCGUGGAGGAUUGUGAGUCUCGGCCGCUUUUGCCUUGCCCGUCCAUUAAGAAGAUUUCAGGCGUUGAUGCGUCUUGGCUGGAAUCCCAGUUCUCUAUUGAGGAAAUCAAAUCGGCGGUUUUUGAAUGUGGGGAAGACCGGGCCCCGGGGCCUGAUGGGUUUAACUUCAGGUUUUUCAAGAGAUUUUGGGACCUUUUUUAG